CUUUAGUGAUUCAUUUCUUGUCCUGUUCAAUGACGGCGUCGUGCACGAAUUCUGGAGAUUCUAUCCGAAACGGAUCAACUUUUCACAUAUGAAAACAAGAGCUGGUGGGCUAAGCAGCGUUGCAAAGUCUGCACUGGGCUGUUGUUGGACUGCGUCGAAGCCGUCUCUAGCCUGCCCAUCUCUCGCAUCAAAGCUCUCUUUAUGGAUCCCGACGUCCCGCUUAAUCUGUUGCGGGAAGCUCCCAUGAUAGCCGAGGCCGAGAGAUGUGAGCCACAGGGAAAAAUGAAGGCAUGGGAUUUCUGGCACUGGACGAGGACAAAGGAAGCAACAGAGAGGCGAAGACUACGCGAAAACAUGCUACGCGGUGUUGCCAAGCACAUGGAUGGUCUGAACAAAACUAGCCCAAUGCUUCCGAGAAAGGGCUUCCUCAAAUGGCAAGGCCUCGAGAUAUGCAUCGACGAAGGUGUGCGAGACUCCGAGUUUCAAACGAUGACAUAUGGUCUCCUUUACCCAUGGGUAGACGACGUGAGAUGGUGCCCCGAAUUCCCAAUGGACUGGAUUCAACAAUGCGGAGUCCAGGAAUACAUCAAGACCAUAUCCAGAUGGCUCCCCAGCAUAGUCGAGAGCAACACGGUGGGCCAACAACAGCUGGUCAUGACGCAUUCGCCAGAGUUUAUCAUAGUCGACUGUCGUGAUGGCAGCGUCUGCCGAGUAUCUGAGAGAGUGCUUGGCCAAGUGAACGUAGUUGAGCGCCGAUAUGGAGUGAACGAGGCCUACCCAAGGUGGCUCCUGUACAUAGAUCCGGAUCUUAAAAUGAAGAAACACCCUCUACUCUGGGAAGAGGAAGAGGAAGACGAAGACGAAGAGGAAGAGGAAGACGAAGACGAAGACGAAGAGGAAGAGGAAGAGGAAGACGAAGAGGAAGACGAAGACGAAGAGGAAGAGGAAGACGAAGACGAAGACGAAGAGGAAGAGGAAGACGAAGACGAAGACGAAGAGGAAGAGGAAGAAGAGCAGGGAGAGUUGCCAUACGAAUCCCAAUACUGGUGUCAACGAUGGAUUGAGAUGCUCGUGGACCAAGCCGAGUCGCAAGAGGAGAAACAAAAGCCUGUGUAUGGGGGCCUAGGUUGCCCAUUGGAGAAGACGCCGGGAUGGAGAUCUGCCUCAGCCACAUCGUAUGGCUGCCACACGGUACGUGGGUGACUCUCAAAGGGAAGAAGCAUGUGGUUAUAGGCGAGAGGGUACU